AUGUUAGAAGCUGAUUUAUCAGAAAAAAUUAAUAACAAUUCUUCUGCAGAACAGGUUAGUUGUCCUUCAUAUACAAGUGUAGAUGUUCAUAAAUGGGGUGUAUUAACAAUUCGUUGUUUGAUUUUUUGGAACAUGUUAAGAAUAUCUAGGGGUCUUUCGAAACAACAAGUGUUUCAAAGUAGCUGUGAUAUUUUAAAAGGUGAUGUUCUACUUUGGUAUAUGAAUAAUUGUUCUAAAUUCACUGACUGGGAUCACCUUGUAGAACAAUUAAAAUUACAUUUCUUACCUUGUGACUAUCAAUAUAAUUUAGAGAUUCAAAAUAGAAAACAACUUUAUUCUGAAAGUACAACAUUAUACAUUUCUUACACGGAAAAACUUUUUAAAAGAUUAACUAUCUUGCCAGAUGAAUGUAGAAUAUUAAAUAUUAUUAAAAAAAAUCUUUUACUAUAUUUAUUUCUGUUAGCGUUGCAAGAACCUAAGACUAUUGAUGAAUUAUCUAUUUUAUGUAAGAAGCUAGAAGAUGCUCAAAGUUUAUCUCCAAAUUUUAAACAUCCCCAUGUAAAUAAUACUGUUGCUCUUGGUAGUAAUAAUUUUUUAACUAAUACUAACCAGUACCGUAGUAACAAUAGUCAAUGA